GUGUUAUCUACGGCUCUCUUAUAGCCAUAAAAGUCUAAAACCUGACGAAUUAAACGCAUUUAAUAUACGAUUUGAUUAGCAGUGAAGACAAUAAGCGAGUGAUUAGUUCAUCAGUGAAUGAGUCAUACAUUGAGCCCAUUGGUAACCAUUGGUUGACUGUAUUGUCAUUCAAAUCAUAUGUCACAUAAUGAUUGCGUAAUCCAUUGAAUGAAAACAAAUAGUGUUUUGCAUUCAGACGUCAAUCACAAGUGAUUUUGGAUUGCAUUUAAUGAUCGCAUGUAUUAGUGGACCACUGCUUGGAAACCAUGUCUUUGUAUCACAUGAGGGAGUAUUUGUGGCAAAAGGUGGUCAUCCGGUGGACGGGUCACCCGAGGGACCAGUCGUGCACUGAAGACCUGUCUCACAGCCCACCCGACGUGACACUGAAGGACGUGAUGACGCGAUUGGAGCCCAUAGUCGUCAAACUCCAGGGUCUUAUGAUUUGGGAUCAGCCCUACCACUCGAUGGUCGCUCUCAUUGCCUUCAAUUGUCUCUAUUGGCUCUUUGUUUGGUUCAAUAGGUUUAGUUUCUAUUCAUAUCUGGCGAUCGCAUUGUUUUGCAUCUAUUUCUUGAUACUGUGGACACAAUACAUUUGGCCAGAAAUCAGAGUACCUCCGAAUCCAUCGACUGAUACUGAAGGAUGGACACCCGUUCACCCGAAUGUGUUAAGCGCUCCAGAAAUCAAUCACUAUAUCAAUGAGUUGUGUGUUAUGUCGAGAGCUGUAAUCCUAUGGUUCAUUAGAUUACGACGAGAGAAACGCUUCAAGUUCUUCAUUACCACCACUUCUAUACUAUUCAUGACUGCAAUCAUUGGACGACUCGUUCCCGGAGUUCUCAUUGUCUACUCUAUCAGUAAGUGUUGACACCUUUCCAUCAC